AUGAAACAAGUGGAGAUGGAGAUGCAGACUCUGCGAACGAAACGGGAGAGCUCAUGUCAAGCAGGUCCGAGAAAUGAAGGACGGACACAACCAGGAUCACUAACUCGAAGAAGUUCUAAAGCUGCUCGCCAAUCAUCUGCUAUGAUAUUUGGUGGGAGAAUCAAUUUAUGGUCAGGAGACAGCCAGCAAUGCUAUAGCUUGGAGCAGGAGUUCAUGUCAUCUGCUACUAUACCGCGAUAG